AUGUUGGAACAGGAAGUAGAUCUGAUUGCCAGGCAGUACCAUGAGGAGAGAAGCUGCUUUUCGACAGGACAGAAGAAUUUGGAAGAUGCGAAUGCAAGAUGUGAAGAGUUGACAGCGAGGUGUGAGAGACUGGAGGACUUGCUGCGGGUUUCCGAUGCAGCGAAGCGAGAGCUUGAGGCUCAGGUCAAUGCCAAGGAGGAGAAAGUGGAGGCGUUGGCUAAGGAGAUAGAGAAUGCCAAGUCGUUGGCCAAGAAACUUGCAUCCUCGCACAAAGAGGGCAACCAAGCAGUUCGGCAACUGGAAAGUGACAAGGCGGGGGCUGAAGAGAAGUUGAACAAGCUCCAAGCAGAGUACGAGGAGUUACAGAAAGAAGCGAGUUCAAGGCAGGCAGGAUUGGAGGCCGAGGUUGAGAGUCUUGGAGGGAAGCUGUCGAGGCUUGAGGCGCACUGCGAGGAGACGGAGCAGCAGCUUCGCGAGUCUCAUGACAAGUUUUCGCGGGUCUCUCUUGACCUGGGCGAAACCAUGAAAGCGCUGACUAGUCUGCACGCGACGAUCGCCGAGGCGGAGGAGAGAGCUCUGGGAGGCAUCGGAGUUGCGAUCUCUCAAGGUCAAGAGGAGGAGCCGGUCAAGAUCUGUCAAAUUGCUCCUGGGAGUCCAGCGGCAGAGAGCGAGCGGGUGAAAGCAGGAGAUGUCAUUCUCAGCUUGGACGGGAUCCAAGUCGCUCAGCUCGGGGUCCGCAGGAUUCGGCAGAUGAUCAAGGGCCCAGUCGGUUCACCGCUCACGAUCAAGUGCAGGGCUGGGGACCGUGACGAGGAGUACCAAGUGACUUUACAGCGUUAUAUCCCCACCGGCGACACUUCAGGCCAGCAGGCGGUGGAGCUGAUGAGCAAGUCUGGGUGCGAGACGGUCAAGAAGCUAGUCAAGGAGAUGGAGGCUCUGCGUGAGCUCGCCUUGCAGGAUGACACAGCUGCUGGUGCGAGGCACGGGCUGCUCGCGUUGACGGCUGAGCAGGAGAGUCUGAAGCACAAGAUCCAACUCUGCCUGCAGUUGUUGGAGGGCACGAAGACUUGGCUGCACGCGUCGCACCCCAAGGACAGUGAGAUAGCGCGACGAGCUGCCUUGGAGAACAGCGAGCUUCUCCGCAUCCUCCAGGACGUCAGCUCAGAAGCAGCUGAGGGCGACGAGGCGAGGUCGGUCGUGUCGGACACCAGCUUGACCUCUGCCGCUACCAACACCUCAGCUGGCCGCAUGUGCGGUGUUGGUAUGCGAGUGACGAACUCGACGCCCCAUCGCGUCGUCUCCUUCCUGCCCCACGGGCCCGUCGGUCGCUCUGGCCAGGUGAAGGUUGGAGACUUCCUGGUCGCCAUCGAUGGCGAGUCUAUAGUGAACAAGAGCAUCAAAGAAGUUCGGAGGAUGAUGACGGGAGUCGAGGGCUCCGAAGUUGAGAUCAAGUUCGCGUCUACUAAGAAUGGUGAGCAGUCGACAUACUCGGUCACAAUAGUACGCGAACAGCCGGUUGCUACCGGUAAGUGA